AUCAGGCGCCAUCUUGUCUUGUUCGUGAAGAAGUAGAAGCAUCGAAAGGUUUGGAGAGGUAUUACAGGAACUGUGGCGACAACGGGGUUCCGGAACCAGAGUGGGGCAUAAGUAAUCUUGCUGCUAUGCUUCCAAGCUGUAGUCUGAAUCAACCCAAAUUUUAAACAGAAGGUGAACCUCUGAGAUAGAAAAUCAAAUAUAUUUUAAAAAGUCAGGAUGUGGGAUCAAGGAGGACAGCCUUGGCAGCAAUGGCCCUUGAACCAACAACAGUGGAUGCAGUCGUUCCAGCACCAGCAAGAUCCAAGUCAGAUUGACUGGGCUGCAUUGGCUCAAGCUUGGAUUGCUCAAAGAGAAGCUUCAGGGCAGCAAAGUAUGGUAGAACAACCACCAGGAAUGAUGCCAAAUGGACAAGAUAUGUCUACAAUGGAAUCUGGUCCAAACAAUCAUGGGAGUUUUCAAGGGGAUUCAAACUUUAACAGAAUGUGGCAACCAGGCUGACAGGGGCUGGGAACACUGGAAACCUCACUUGGCAUCUAGGGAAGAGAGCAUUCUAUGUCUCUCUGUUGCAACCUCUGGCCUUUUCAGAAGCAGCACUGGCAGAGCAAAACAUGUCUAGCCUCUAAUUAAAGAAAUAUUGUGUCACUAAGUGACAAAUUAGUCUGUCAAAUAUACUCUGCCCCUACCAUCCACCCAUCUUUUCUUUCCUUUUUUUUUUCCAGAUAGUGAAGAUCUUCCAUAAGUUUUUAUAUGUUUUAUUUUUUUGUUUGUUCAUUUGCAUUUUUACUUCACAGUAUGAUUUAGAUUUCUUGAUGCUAAUUCAGUUUUCCAUGUCUUGUGUUAUUAUUUUGAAUAGUCACUUGAAAAUAUUUAUAGAGGAAUCUUACAUUUGAGUAUGCUGAUGGUGAAGUUUUAAUCUCCCUUUCCCUAUUAAUACUUAUUAUUGUUUCUCAGUGUAAGAAUGGAAAACUCAGGAAGUAAUCCUCUAACAUCACUUUUAAAAGAAUAAUGAAUAUUCUAAUCUUUGAUACUCUGAGGUAGUUUAUUUCUAGUUUUCUUGAAGCUACACCAAAUUUCCCCAAGUUUGAAAAUGUUUUGGUUCCCAAGUUCUAGUUCAUAAAUGACUCACCCUGGCAUUCCCACUCCCCAACUUUAUUCUACUGGUUUUCUUUGUGACCUGGACAGGUGAUUAACCUCUGUGUGCCUCAGUUUUCCCUCCUGAAAUUGGCAAAGAUAAUACCUGAUUUCUCCCUACCUCACAGGGAUGUUGUGAGGAUAAAUGUGUUCAUGCAAGAAAGAUAUUAUAUAUAAAAUCUCAAGGUGUUAUUUUUUAUGGUAUUGUUACUGGACAGAAAUAGAAAAAGUCAACAACAAAAAAAUGCUUUGGAUUUUGUUACAUUAUUAAAAAUAAUUUUGGGCAUUUGAUUUCUAUAUGUUUAGCAUAUGAAUUAGAGUGGAGUUAGUUCAUUUGAAUUAUUUACUAGUUUAAUUAAUUGCUUAUUUUUAAGAUAUACAAGAGGAAUUUGACCCAAGAAGUCAUAAAUUUUUAAAUCUGUUUCUUUGCUGAAAAAUCUUUCUUGAGAUCUUAAAAAUUUGUGAUGUUGUUAUAACCCCCUGUUGAAUGUUUUUAUGCCUAAAUCCUAAAUAGAAUGGGGAAUGCAUCAGCAGCCCCCACACCCCCCUCCAGAUCAGCCAUGGAUGCCACCAACACCAGGCCCAAUGGACAUUGUUCCUCCUUCCGAAGACAGCAACAGUCAGGACAGUGGGGAAUUUGCCCCUGACAACAGGCAUAUAUUUAACCAGAACAAUCACAACUUUGGUGGACCACCCGAUAAUUUUGCAGUGGGGCCAGUGAACCAGUUUGACUAUCAGCAUGGGGCUGCUUUUGGUCCACCGCAAGGUGGAUUUCAUCCUCCUUAUUGGCAACCAGGACCUCCAGGACCUCCAGCACCUCCCCAGAAUCGAAGAGAAAGGCCAUCAUCAUUCAGGGAUCGGCAGCGUUCACCUAUUGCACUUCCUGUGAAGCAGGAGCCUCCACAAAUUGAUGCAGUAAAACGCAGGACUCUUCCAGCUUGGAUUCGAGAAGGUCUUGAAAAAAUGGAACGUGAAAAGCAGAAGAAGUUGGAGAAAGAAAGAAUGGAACAACAACGUUCACAAUUGUCCAAAAAAGAAAAGAAGGCCACAGAAGAUGCUGAAGGAGGAGAUGGCCCUCGUUUACCUCAGAGAAGUAAAUUUGAUAGUGAUGAGGAAGAUGAAGACACUGAAAAUGUUGAGGCUGCAAGUAGUGGAAAAGUCACCAGAAGUCCAUCUCCAGUUCCUCAGGAAGAGCACAGUGAACCAGAGAUGACUGAAGAAGAGAAAGAGUAUCAAAUGAUGUUGCUGACAAAAAUGCUUCUGACUGAAAUUCUACUGGAUGUCACAGAUGAAGAAAUUUAUUACGUAGCCAAAGAUGCACACCGGAAAGCAACGAAAGCUCCUGCAAAACAGCUGGCACAGUCCAGUGCACUGGCUUCCCUCACUGGACUCGGUGGACUGGGUGGUUAUGGAUCAGGAGACAGUGAAGAUGAGAGGAGUGACAGAGGCUCUGAGUCAUCUGACACUGAUGAUGAGGAGUUACGGCACCGAAUCCGGCAAAAACAGGAAGCUUUUUGGAGAAAAGAAAAAGAACAGCAGCUGUUACAUGAUAAACAGAUGGAAGAAGAAAAGCAACAAACAGAAAGGGUUACAAAAGAGAUGAAUGAAUUUAUCCAUAAAGAGCAAAAUAGUUUAUCACUACUAGAAGCAAGAGAAGCAGACGGUGAUGUGGUUAAUGAAAAGAAAAGAACUCCAAAUGAAACUACGUCAGUUUUAGAACCAAAAAAAGAGCAUAAAGAAAAAGAGAAACAAGGAAGGAGUAGAUCAGGAAGUUCUAGUAGUGGUAGUUCCAGUAGCAAUAGCAGAACUAGUAGUACUAGUAGUACUGUCUCUAGCUCUUCAUACAGUUCUAGCUCAGGUAGUAGUCGCACUUCUUCUCGGUCUUCUUCUCCUAAAAGGAAAAAGAGACAUAGCAGGAGUAGAUCUCCAACAAUUAAAGCUAGACGGAGUAGAAGUAGAAGUUACUCUCGCAGAAUUAAAAUAGAGAGCAAUAGGGCUAGAGUCAAGAUUAGAGAUAGGAGAAGAUCUAAUAGAAAUAGCAUUGAGAGAGAAAGACGAAGAAAUCGGAGUCCUUCUCGAGAGAGACGUAGAAGUAGAAGUCGCUCACGAGAUAGGCGAACUAAUCGGUCCAGUCGCAGUAGGAGUCGAGAUAGGCGUAAAAUUGACGAUCAACGUGGAAAUCUUAGUGGGAGCAGUCAUAAGCAUAAAGGUGAGGCUAAAGAACAGGAGAGAAAAAAGGAGAGGAGCCGAAGUAUAGAUAAAGAUAGGAAAAAGAAAGACAAAGAAAGGGAACGUGAACAGGAUAAGAGAAAAGAGAAACAAAAAAGGGAAGAAAAAGAUUUUAAGUUCAGUAGUCAGGAUGAUAGGUUAAAAAGGAAACGAGAAAGCGAAAGAACAUUCUCUAGGAGUGGUUCUAUAUCUGUUAAAAUCAUCCGACAUGAUUCUAGACAGGAUAGUAAGAAAAGUACUACCAAAGAUAGUAAAAAACAUUCAGGCUCUGAUUCUAGUGGAAGGAGCAGUUCUGAAUCUCCAGGAAGUAGCAAAGAAAAGAAGGCUAAGAAGCCUAAACAUAGUCGAUCGCGAUCCAUGGAGAAAUCUCAAAGGUCUGGUAAGAAGGCAAGCCGCAAACACAAGUCUAAGUCCCGAUCAAGAUCAACAACCCCUCCCCGUCGUAAACGCUGAGGAAUGAUGUGGCAAGGAUGCCAUGAUGUUUAAAAAAUUCCAUGAGUUUUAAGGGCUUGUCUCAUUAUAGAGGCACAUUGUGGCUGUGUAGGUGAAACCAGAAUCUUUUUUUUUUUUUUUUAAAUCUGUAAAUAGGUGUACUUUUUCCAAAUGCUGCUCCAAGUUACUUAAUAGGAUUUCUUUGUAUUACAUUUUUUUCAAAAAAUAGUGCUUAAUAAGACUAUAAACAUGCCAUUCUCUUUCAGCUGUAAUGUUCUUAAAAUUAUUCUUGAAUGUACUGUGAUGUCAAUAAAGCUCUUCAGUUCAUUUUUGUUAA